AUGGACGACGACUUCGGAGCCGACCGAGACUUCCUCGCCGCCCUCGCCGCGUCCGACUCACCAGGCCCCAGUCGCGUGAAUCCGCGGCAGCCUGUCCCACAGAGGAUCCAACAGCCCACCCCCCAGAGGCUCGACAGACCUCCGCCCAGCAAUGCCGCCUCGGCACCUGGCGUCAAGCAGCCCACCCCGCAGGCCCUCCCUCAGCGCGCCGCCGGCUCUUCUAUCCUGGUCUCGCCCCGCCAGAAGGGCAAUCCCGUGCUCGCAUGCCUCAAGUCCCUCCCUUGGGAGUAUAGCGACAUCCCCGCCGACUACGGGCUGGGCCUGACAACAUGUGCCCUGUUCCUGAGUCUGAAAUAUCACCGCCUCCACCCCGAGUAUAUAUACACGCGGAUCCGAAACCUCCAGGGCCGCUACAACCUUCGCAUCUUGCUCGCCAUCGUCGACAUUCCCAACCAUGAAGACUCGCUUCGCGAGCUCUCAAAGACCAGCCUCGUCAACAACGUCACCCUGGUCCUGUGCUGGUCUGCCGCCGAGGCCGCCCGCUACCUCGAGCUGUACAAGUCCUACGAGCAUGCAAACUUCGCCGCCAUCAAGGCCGCCCAGGCAACCUCGUACGCGGACAAGCUCGUCGAGUUCGUCACUGUCCCGAGGUCCGUCAACAAGACCGACGCCGUCGCCCUGGUCAGUACCUUUGGCAGCCUCAAGGCCGCCAUCAACGCCGACCCAGAGACCAUCGGUGUCAUUGGCGGCUGGGGAGAAAAGAAGGUCAAGGCGUGGACAAAGGCCGUCGAGGAGCCCUUCAGGGUGAAGAAGUCCGCCAGGAGGAGGCUGGAGACCGAGGAAAGCACAGAGGCCGAGGUCCAGAGGAGGAGGAACCUGGACGUGGCCAGGCCCUUAGGUAGGGUGCCCCAAAGGGAGGUGGCCGAGUUGGCGGCUUCGAGAAGCCACGGUGAAACAAGUGCCAGUGAGCAGGGCCAACAGCAGGCGAAAAGAGCGAGGCAGUUUCAAAUUGCCGGCGAAGAUGACGAGGACGAGGACGCAGAGCUUGCUGCUGUGAUCGCGGAAUCAAGGCAGACGGCUGAGCUAGAAGCCAGGGCGCGGGCUGGUGCAGGAGCCGGGCCAUCUACAUCAGAGCGGGCCCCGUCAAGGAGCAAAGGGGACGAUGAGCUCGCAGGUGGCGUUGCUGCGGCUUUGGCGAAGCUGAGAAAGGGAUGA